AGUUUAGAUGUAAAAUGUGUUUGAAUAGUGUCUUAUUAUUUGGGACCCUAGAGGGUCUACGGUGGCUGUGACCAGCCGUGAGCCAUGGCCGGGCCGCGGUCUCCCGGCUGAGGAUGCGAGCCAUGUGGGCAUCCACCCCUACCAUGUACAGAAAGCGAGUUUUCCGAAGAAGAUUCUGUCUAAAAUGGUGCUGGCGUAAACGCUGGCCAGGACUCUCUGAACGCCAGCGCCACAGCUGCCGCUCUUCAUAGGGAAAAGUUAAUAAAAAAAACUGUGUAAAAAUGAACACGUUCAACGCACCGACUACCCAGAUCAACACUGUGGACAAAAUGACUACAGUGAAGUGUAAAACUGUGGAUCUGCAGGGCUAUGUCAUAAUUGUUGUGCAAACCAAGGAUAAUAAAGUUAAGCUUUACGGGUCUCCGGCGGUGGGCCGGGACAACCUGGAGGUAGCUGACGAGAUCAUGGACGUGAACGAGACCCGGCUCGAGGACAUGACCCGGACGGAGGUCAUCGGACACAUACAUGAGUGCAUCCAGUCGUGUCUGAUAAAACUACGAGUUCGGAGACGUGGCGACACAAAACUAUUAUCGGACAUCGGCCACAACAUCGUGCAAGAUGCCUUCCUCAUCGCGGUGGAGGAGCAGGCCCGGCAGCGCCUGCAGCGGCUCUCCGCGCUCAAGCGGAUCACCCCCGUCGACAUGUCGCAGCUGUCUGUAGAGCUAAACCGCAGGAAGCUUGCUCAGACGACACCAGAGAACAGAACCGACCUGAACGGCUACAUCAGCUCCUCCACGGUCUACGUCACCUCCAUCACAGAGGACGGAGCCAUCGAGACCAAACCCAUCAUCUCCUCACCAAAACCCACCAUCAAAUCGCUCCAAGCGAAGCCAACACCCGUCAUCGCAAACGGAAUUUCCAUAGACAACAAAAAGGACACAGACGCUCCCGAACCAGAGAAACACGAGAAGGAUACGAGUGAGAAAGUGAAAAGUGAAGUGAUAAGUGAAAGUGAUGCGUACAGUGCAGUAAGGGAGCAGUUGAGCAACGGAAGGAGUGAGAAGCUGAUUGGAGAACAGCCGGAGAAUAGGAUCCGGGCCACGGCUGUUAUUGAGAACAAUAAGUUGGGACCUGGAGAGAAAGGGCCCCGGCGCCGCUCCGGCUCGAGCAUCGUGGUGCUGGACGCCGACGAAGACAAGCGCCCGCCUGAUGAUGACCAGAACAUGAUCGCCAUGCUCUCCGUCACCGCCGACACCGGGCCGCACCGCGAGAUGGCGGUGGACGUGCCUGACAGCUUCAUCGCGCGCAACAAGACGCCCCCCCGCUACCCGCCCCCGCGGCCCCCGCAGGUACCCGCCCCCCCCGACUCCGACAGCUCGGGCAGCCUCAAGAACCACACCCUGGAGACCACAUCCGGGCCCAGCUCCGGACUCAGCUUCGGAAGCAAGAAGAGCAAGGCGUCGACAGAAACCACCAAAUGCGGGGACCUGUUUAGAAUGGACACUCCCAGUGAUCACAAAGUGCAGCUGCUGAUUUCCAACGGAGAUGAUUCGCUUCUGGACGUCAGAGGAGUCUCCUACUCGGCCAGAACUGACUCUGUUCUGAUACGAGAAGCGAUGUACGCCAGCUACCAGCUGCCUCCAGGGUUCGACACGACCCCGGUGCUGCUAGGCAGGGAGGUGGCCGUGGAUGUGCCGGAUUCGUUUGUGCAGAUAGUGAAAACGACCCCUAAGUACCCUAGCACGGAUAGAAAGAUCGAAGCGUUCCAUAAGCAGGUGGUAAAUGGGACAGCGAAGCCGACGCCCGCGCCGGCCGUCCCCCCGCGCGAUGGACCCCGCGACGCACCCCCGCGGCCUCCCACGCUUGAACCUACUAAAGAACAGUUGGACUCCAUCAAGAAGUAUCAGGAGCAGCUCCGCCAACGCAAGGAGGCUGAAGAGCGGAUCGCGGCGCAGAAUGAGUUCCUGCGGACCUCCUUGCGCGGCUCCAACAAGCUGCAGGCGCUGGAGUCUGGAGCCCCGACGUCCUUCGUCAACGACGCGUAUGAGGAGGACGGGGUCGACAGUGAUCAUAGUGAACACCUGUAUACUAUUAUCGACUACCAAGAAGUGUCAGCAGCUCUCACGCGCGUCCAAAAAGCUCUAUCCUCUAGCGGCGAAACCGCCCUAGCGUCCCUAGUAGCGGGGGCGGCGGGUGCGCUGCUCUGCCCAGCGCUGCGCACCGCGCUGGCCACCAGGGCGGCGGCGCUCACGGCGGCGCGCCACAAGCGGCCCGGCCUCGCGCCGCCCUACACGCACCGCGCCACCGACCGACUCAAAGAUUGCAUGGAUGUACUAGGAAUCCAUACGGCGUCAGGAGGCGCGACUUCGGCGCUCGCCGCGGAACUUUUAUCAUUGCUCGGAGGCCUUGAACUGGAGAGUCUGAUCCAGGCGCACGACCAGGCGGCGGCGCUGCUUGACCCGGCCUGCUUCACCAGGGGAAAGAGACAUAAGACUGGCAACAACGCAAACCACAAAGACGAGAAAGCGCUCGCGACGCACUCGCCCGACGACCCCAGCGAACACAUCAAGAUCAUCAAAAUAGACAAGACUAAUGAACCACUUGGUGCUACAGUAAGGAAUGAGGGAGAAGCAGUCAUUAUUGGUAGGAUAGUUAGAGGCGGGGCCGCUGAGAAAUCUGGACUUUUACACGAGGGUGAUGAGCUACUCGAAGUGAACGGCGUGGGCAUGCGAGGAAAGUCAGUCCACGAGGUGUGUCAAGUCCUAGGCUCUCUCACGGGAACCCUCACAGUACUGCUGGCUCCCAGGGCUGCGCCGCCGCGGCCGCCGCCCCCGAAUAGGGUGCUGCAUGUCCGCGCGCACUUCGACUAUGAUCCGGAGGACGAUGUUUAUAUACCUUGUCGGGAGCUUGGCAUCAGCUUCCAGAAAGGCGAUGUACUUCACGUAAUAAGUCGAGAGGACCCGAACUGGUGGCAGGCGUUCCGAGAGGGUGAAGAGGACCAGACCCUCGCUGGAUUAAUACCAAGCCAGGCAUUCCAACACCAACGAGAAUCCAUGAAGCUAACUCUAGCUGGAGAAGUGGCAGCGAGAGAUAAGCCCCGGAAAGGCGGCACGUUGCUGUGUGCCAAGAAACCACCUCGGAAGAAGAGGGGCAAGAAAGCCACCAGUGAAGCUGGAUAUCCACUGUACUCUACCUCCGGAACUGACGAAUACGAACAAGAAGAGAUCCUAACUUACGAGGAGGUAGCGUUAUACUACCCGCGAGCGUCCAGCAAACGACCCAUAGUUCUGAUUGGUCCCCCCAACAUCGGUCGGCAUGAGCUGCGCCAGAGACUGAUGGAGGACAAUGAGCGGUUCGCAGCCGCCGUGCCUCACACGUCUCGCCCACGCAAAGACCACGAGGUCCCGGGUCAGGACUACCAUUUCAUCUCGCGCACUCAAUUUGAGGCAGACAUCUUGAACAGAAAGUUUGUCGAGCACGGCGAGUACGAGAAAGCUUAUUAUGGUACGUCGUUAGAAGCGAUACGUGAAGUAGUAAACUCGGGGAAGAUAUGCGUAUUGAACUUACAUCCUCAAUCGUUGAAGAUCUUAAGAAACUCUGACCUCAAGCCUUACACUGUAUUUGUGGCUCCUCCGAGCUUAGAAAAACUGAGGCAGAAAAAGAUUAGAAAUGCAGAAGCUUUUAAGGAAGAAGAAUUAAAAGAAAUAAUAGCGACUGCAAGAGACAUGGAGGUGAGAUGGGGCCAUCUCUUCGACAUGAUCAUCAUAAAUAACGACACCCAACGUGCCUACCAACAACUGUUGAACGAAAUCAACAGUUUAGAGAGAGAACCGCAGUGGGUCCCCGCACACUGGCUUAAGCAAACCUAGCGAGAAAUAAAACAUGUCGCAAAUAUCGCGACACCAAGACUGAACUGCCAACACAGACAACUAUGUCAUCUAGAUAAAACUAAACAAAAUAUUAUAAAUAAAUUGUCUAAUAUCUGUGAAUAUCACUUGCGGCACCACAGGAUAAGUGUUUUAGGCCUAGGGGCAGUGAUAGUCAUCGUAUUGCGGAUAACUACGCAAAUGGUUUUACAUUUGCUGGAGGUUUUCUUUGGCAAGUGUACUUGGAAGAAACGCUUCACUGCGUCUAGAUUUGUAAAUCACUCGCGACGAAGUAUAAUUGAGUGUCAAGUCCUAGAAACUAACAAUAAUAAUGGAGUUGGGAGGCGAGAACGUAGAAAUUAGAAAUGUGUUCCCGAAUUUAGCAUCUUUGAAAGAUAAAUAUUGCGAUUAAUAGGUUUAAGCAUAAUGGAGUUUUUUUAUGAGUCACGUGAAAUGAUAACAAUUUGGGAUAGUGUCAGAUGCGGUCUACUUAUGAAAGUUAGAGAGGGUAUAGUAUUGGAUGUAAACAAAUGUUUAUUGUUAAUAAAUAACUCAUUUUAGUCAACAAAUUAAUUGGAAAUAGUUAAUCUAUUUAUGUUUUUUGAUUAAACAUUGUUAUCUUAUUUGUAUUCAAUUUUGGAGUUAGAAUGAACUUUUAUUCGUACAUAUUCAAUAUUUAGAGAUAUUUUUGAAAAACUAUAUUCAGAAUAAUGUGUAUUCGAUCUACUUAUAAAUACCUAUUAUUUUACGCAAAUUGUAAUCUUUGUUAUUUAAAGUCUUUAAUUAUUAAGUUUUCAUAAUAGUGGUAAGUAUAUCUUAUCAUUAUCAAUAAUAUCAGAGCUUACUUAUUUACUUUUGUGAAUAAAAGAACUUCAAUAAAUCAGCAAUAUAUGGAAUAGAGAUACCUAAAGCGACGCGAUUUAUAUUUAAUUUUAAAAUGUGGGUAUCGGUAUAACUGACAGUUAUUUUUUUUAAACGUUAGGACGUCAUUAUGCUAUAAUUAAAUGAAAUUGAUUUUUAAUACUGAUUUCAUGGUUUUAGUGUUAAAUUUGUUAAACCUGAGUCAAAAUUAGGCAGCUAUGUCCUUUUCAAAUAUUUGAAGAGCCAUAUGCAAAGUGACAUUUAUAAAGUUAUAAAUUUAUCAGCAAGAGCCACUGAUUAAAGUGAAGACUGUCAUGGAUAUUGUUAUUAUCUAGUAAGUGAUAUCAGAUAUACAAUAGAACUACGUUAGAGACGCACAUUGUUUUCGUAUUUUGUACUUUAUGUUAUUUUUAACGUAUAAUGCACGAGAACGUCAAGCCUUAACGAGUUCAAUAAAACAUUUAAAAUUAUACCUCCAAAUAGAGUUGCAAUGGAAUUUAUUAUUAUAAAACAGCCAACUAAAAAUAAAGUAGAUAGUAAAUAGAAGAAAUAAAUAAUUUAUAAAGAUGAGAUGAUUAAAACAAUAAAAUUAAAUCAAUAUGAUAUUCUCUAUUGCCAAAUUUGUACUGUAGUAGGUAUAAAAAUAAUAGAACUUUUUCUUCAGUAAGUAGAUUUUUUGUGAUUCCUCAUAAGGAAAUUGGUGGUAGAAAACUUUGGUAGAUAAAAUUCGCCAUUUAAAACAAUAAUACUGCUACAUAGUGCGUAGACGGCAAACUAUACCAACUAAUAAAGUACUUGAACACCCGUACGACGACAUAUCUGUUUAGAAUACAGUUUCAACAUAUUUUCCUCUAUAUUUCCUUUUUGGCGAUUUUACCCUUUAUAAAGUAAUUUAUAGGAUAUAGUCGCAAAUUUGGCGUGUUCACUGCUCAGCUUUUAUGAGAAAUUAAACGUUUUUACUGAAUAUAUUCGUAUAUUUACAUCACUAUAUUGUCUAGAACGCGAAAAUUAAAUGCAAUAAUAAUGUACUUAAAGUGGCGUACUGUCCGAUUAGAAUGGUUUAAAGUUAUUAUUGUUAGUUAUACUUUUGAAUAUUUGUAUAUUAUGUAGGUAUGUUUAGAUAGACUUGUGCAUUCCAAAUAUUAAGUGCCAAAAAUAUCAGGCCGGAAAUUAUUAUUACCUUUAUGAUAACAUUACCAUUCCAUGUUAUGUGUAUCAUUUAUAUUGUGUCAUACUUAUAUAUUUUUGAAUGAGUAGGUUUUGUAUUGUGUUAGUUACGUAGUCAUAAUUAUUAUUACGUGAGAUUUGAUAUUUAAGCAGAAGUGGCAUGAGGAGGGUGCUAUAAAGUUUUGUGUACCUUAACUACUCGGUCUUGGAAUUUUUGUGUUAUUAUUUAAGUGUUUGUUAUACAUUGACGAGUGCAUGAUUACAGACCGCAUAGUAAACAAUAUGAAGGGUAUAAUCUAUACAACUAGGAACAUGGGGUUGUGAUUCAUGCACUUGGUCAAAUUGUGGAUUUGUGGAAACUUACACAGUAUUGAUAUUUCUAAUUUAUAUAAAAUAGUCCUGUACAUAAUUUAUUAACAACUGAAUAAAGAAAUGAUACUAAGAAUAAUACUAUACUAAAAACUGUUAAUAGAGAACAAUUUAAUGUAAAUAAUAGAAUAUUAAAUUUAAUAUCAGAUACCUA